UACAGGUCAGCUGACUGUUGUGAUCAACUAGCGGUUGUUGUUAACGUCUCAUCCGAAGAGGAGCCUAGCAGAGAGGGCCCUCACCUGUCCGUCCAGCCGCUCCCCACCGGACAGUCCUUUCCACCGAUAAGCGGCCGCGUCUUCCCGCCCUCCGCAGGGAUGAGUGUCGGUGUUCCGAGAGGCCUGGCCAGCUCGGGGCAGAAGCUCAUCACGGAGAUCCUCCACCCGCUGUCCGCCGCCGAGGAGCCGAUGUCCCCGGGGCCAGAUGUCACCGCGGGCGCAGAUCAGGAAAAGCAGGAGUCUGGCCUGACCAACGGUGCGCCCGUGGAGAUCUCCAGGCCCUCCUCUGCAUCGGUGCUGCUCAGCAGGCUGCAGCUGGACGACGAGCUGGAGGCAGACGAUCAGGACCCGUACGGCUCCACAGAAGCCCGCGACCUCUUCGUCACCGUCGACGACCCGAAGAAACACGUCUCCACCAUGGAGACCUACAUCACCUACAGAGUCUCCACUAAGACAACACGGAUAGAAUUCGACCUCCCGGAGUACAGCGUGCGGCGGCGCUACCAGGACUUCGACUGGCUGAGGACAAAACUGGAAGACAGCCAGCCGACCCACCUCAUCCCACCACUGCCUGAGAAGUUUGUGAUGAAGGGCGUGGUGGACCGCUUCUCGGAGGAGUUUGUGGAGACGAGGAUGAAGGCUCUGGACAAGUUCCUGAAGCGUGUCGCGGACCACCCAGUUCUGUCUUUCAACCCUUAUCUUAAUGCCUUUCUGACUGCCAAGGACCUGAACAAGCGUCAGGGUCUGGCCCUGCUGACCAAAGUGGGAGAAUCGGUGAAGCAUGUCGCCGGAGGCUACAAGCUGCGGGCGCGGCCGGCCGAGUUCUGCGCCAUGGGAGAGUAUCUGGACACCUUCAGCCAGAAACUGGGAACCAUUGAUCGCAUCGCUCAGAGAAUCCUCAAAGAGCAGUCAGAGUACCUAACAGAGCUGCGUGAGUACGGUGCUGUGUAUUCCAGCUGGGCCGGGUCAGAGGAGCAGCUGCAGCGCCCCCUGGAGGGCGUGGCCGGCUGCGUGACCACAAGCUGUGGUGCCUUGGAGGAUCUGAGCGACAACAUGAGCCAGGACUUCCUGCCCGUUCUCAGAGAAUACGUUCUUUACAUCGAAUCUAUGAAGAACGUUUUGAGGAAACGAGACCAAGUUCAAGCGGAGUACGAGGGCCGCCUCGAAGCAGCUGUGUUACGCAAACAAGAAGAUCGAACCCCUAUUCCUGUGGAAGUGGAGAAAUGCCAGGACAAAGUGGAGUGUUUCAACGCUGACCUGAAAGCAGACUGGGAACGCUGGCAGAGAAACAAGAGGCAAGACUUCAAACAGCUCCUCACGGGGAUGGCCGACAAAAACAUCAACUAUUAUGAAAAGUGCCAGGAUGCUUGGGAGUCCCUCAUAACUCUCCUCCAGGAAAAACAGACUGAGGACAAAACGAGUGAGACGAACUGAACCUAAUGUGUUCUUUCACCUCUCGCUCACCCACGCCAUGGAAAACCCCCCCAAAACAAAACAAAAAAACAGCUGCUGGGGCUGCAGGUUCUAACUGCUGAUGUCUGCCUCCGGUUCUACCGAGAGACGAUCGCACAGGAAGCAGCUGCCUUCGAUUCGACCUGCGAGGAAAGACGGUGUUGAGCGGUGCGUUUGAGGUCAGCUGGGAGAGUAGAGAACCUCCUGUACAGAUCUUUAUUUUCUUUUCUAUGGACAUUUUCUACCUAACACUUCAAUCUUUUUUUUUGUUGCCAAUGCUGCUUGUGUUUAUUUAACUACCUUUGUGGAGAGAUGGGGCCCUCUCCAUUUUCACACUGAGCCAAAGGACUAUCGAGGAGCACAAAUGCCACAGUUCAAUAAACCGUUCAUUUGGUAAAUAAAUAUUUAUCUGCUUCCAAUUGAAUUAAAUUGUAGAGGAAUUAAUUGAUUGGUUAUUAUUUGAUUGAAAUUAUUCAGAAGCAUUUUUUAUUUUAGUUUAAUUAAUAAAAUCAGGAGACUGCUCCACAGCUGAGUUUCAUUGCUGUUUAAAUCAUCUUGAUCAAAUGCAGCACAAAGCCUGGUAAAAGUGAGUAAAUAUGGAAGUGGUUGCAUCUAAUAUGUGAUGCAGUUUAUUUAAAACUAAACCAAGUCCGUUAUAAUGGAUAUAGAAAAUUGUUUUAUUAACCAAAUAAUUCGACUUAUUGGAUUGUGGCAUUUAUUUUGCUCUUGAUUAAUAAGAAUAACUGUUGCAAAAAAAGUGGAUUUUUAUUUGGACUUUUUUUGUGUUUGUUUUAUUUGCUCCUACUAGGAAUUAAAAAAAAAAACUUGCUGAAAAUGUUUUGUUAUAAAUCAUUUUUCAGUUAACACAUAUUUUAUUUGGUGCUUGUUACAUCCAACAGUAAUGGUCCGAUUUUUUUUAUUUUUAUUUUAAGCUCUUUGGUGCUUUUCCACGGGUUUGUUUUGUUUUUUUCAUACAUUUGAUCCCAUACUCUUUUCCAACAUCUGUUAAUAAUUCAGGAAUGUGAUGACAAAUGUCUCCAUAAAACAGUUUUACCUCCUGAGCUUUAUUGAAAUGUGUCAAACAGCACCAUCUAGUGGCAAAGCUCUUAACUUCCAUUUCUCCUCCAGUUCUGUUGGUAGAAAGGUUCCAUUGAUAAUUUAAAGCCACAGUAUCCUGAUAUUCCAGCUUUUUCCUACAAACUGAAGUUGGUAAUGUUAGGCAGUGUGGGAUUUGUCCUGGAAUAGCUUAGAGUGGGAAUUGUGGAAUCAUUCCAACCUGCAUAAAAAGGGCCUGAAAUGACCCUAUAACCAGCAGGUGUUUUAGAUCAAUACUUGUUUGCAGAGCCCACAUACAGGCUGGUGCCAUCUUUACUUUGUUCAGUAACUUAUUAAAGAGAAUGGAGCUGAAUGACUCAGUCCUGUGGAAACCUUUCCAGUGUACAUUGGUUCAUCCUGUUCACAGUAUUGACGUUGUGCAGGGGUGCGUAGAUCUGUGACUCAGCUGCAGAUUCAGCUUACCAAAAUGUUCUGUUUCAAUUUUUUAUUACAUUCUUGAUUGGGUCUUGCAUAAAAGGUGCAAAAAACCAAAUGCAGAGUUCAUAUGAUGGCUCUCAGCCUCAGCAGGAAGAUCAAACCUUCAUAAAAUGUCCGUAUUUAAUGCCUCAUAUUCCCCCCAUACUGAACAGUGUGUUCCACACUCACUGCAACUUGCCAUUUAGUAGCAAAAUGUGACCAAUGAUUUCAGGGCAGGCUUAGCUAUGUGACACGAUCCUAAAACCACUGAAACAUUUAGCUUUUGUUCAUUUUUGCACAGAUGUAGCCUCAGAUAGUGUUAUCUCUCCAGUGAAAGAGAUUUUCAGAAUAAAGGUACAAUUUCCAUAUCGAAGUGAUGAAACUGAUGCCACACCGUUGGGCCUGCCCUCUUAGCAACCAAACAUAACAGAGGAAUUAAUGUCUCCAGCUCCUAGAUGUUCUCAGCUGCCCUGUUCUUUUUGUCGCUCAUUAUUAUGUCUUGGGUGAUCUUUAAGCUUUAAAGCAGCUACUUCUUUUAUCGCACUGCCAGAUGUGACCAAGGACAAAAAAUGAAGGAAAACAAAUUUUUUUCAGCCAUGUAAGGGGUCAGAGUGGAGCUGUUCCAGGUAGCUAUGAUGCUAGGAUGACCUGAGGCAGCUACAGCAGAGGAGGAGCUCACACUAAAAGCCUGAAUGACUGUAUCUGACUGAAAUAAUGGCAAAAUAUGAUGAUGCACUUUGAAGAAGGGAGCAGAGAUCCAAACAGUAUCUCAGUUACAUUAUUUUACCCCCCAACACAUUACUAUGAUACUGUUGUAUUAAUAUAAAGCUUUAUUAUCAAUGUUUUGAUGCAAACAACACAUCCCCCUCUGCAGUGAUCAGCAACCCUGGUAAAGAUGUAGAAAAGCCUUAAAACAAGCUAAUCUUUGUUAGCAGUCACACCUCACUCUGAAACUGCAGCUGCGCUUCUGGAACAUUUUAUUUUAAAUUGUUGCUCAGUUGUUGGCAACUCAGGAUUUCCAAAAAUUUGCUCUAUAACAAGAAUAAACUUUAAACCAUUAAACGCUUUAAGAUUCAGUCAGUUUAAAGAGCGUAGCUUUCGUCUCAUUAAACAUCUUUCACAUCGUUAAAGAUUUUUUUUUUCUUUACCAGGAGUGCAGUUAAAUAGGGGGGAUAUUAAUGGGCAGAAGGGAAUAAUUAGGCUAAAACCUUUUUAUUAGUACUCAGGUGUUGAAUUCAGAUAAGGGUAAGAGAGUAAAAGGUUAUUAGAGUUUAAAAGUCCAGCUUCAGCACAACUAAACAUCUGGUCUCUGUGCUCAUUCAUUGUAGUAACUGUUAGCUUUAUGUUUACUUUGUUUUAAAUCUCCCACUUUCUCAGUGAAAAGUGUUAUUUGAAUAAAAAUUCGAAAGAAAAACAGGUACUAAUCCAUCCAUAUACUGUUUUUUAUCUGGUGUAAAUGAAGUAAGUGUUCAGACAUGAGCCAGCCAAGUCUAUUUCAAUAUUACCUGUCAACAUGGAAGAAGUGACUGUACAUGUGACCCGGUUCUGUAAAUUUGACCAAUUUGGGUUGUUCUACAGAACCAGACCGGUUCUAUCAUUUUACAUCUGCUGUUUUUUUUUUCUUCUUCUUCUUUUGGCACUAAACAUGUAGCUCUUGGUUGCUAAAAGUGAGACGGAUGUUGUGUUUUUGUUUAGAGCAUCCAGGUAGAUCCAGAGAGGCGGCGUUGGUGAAACUGGUCCAUUUAAAGUCUCUCUAAAGGGACGUCUGAAUGCUUGUUCAGGUCGGGGAACAGUUUUCCUUUAUGUUUCUAAGCCAAAUGAAACAUGGAGAUAAAAAAAAAAAUCCCAUUAUCAGGAAUCCAACCUGUUUGGAGGUCUGAUGUUUUACAGACAUCCAUUUUUCUUCUUUCUCUGUUCCUCCCCAGUGUGCUUUGUUUACGUCCCCGAUUGUACAUUUGAAUGUUAAUAACAGUUUGUUGUAAUUCUAAAUAAGCUUGUAUACUGAUGUUUUGAUGCAAUUUAUCUUUACCACGUUUUUUGAAAAUAUACUGGACCAAUAAUAAAGAGAAUAAAUGAUUCCUAUGUUUCUGCA